GAACAAAUAUAUAGGAGAAAAUGUGAAGAACUAAGGAAAAGAGUUAUAGAGGUAGAGGGCAAUAAUGAGGUAGCCACACUUGCUUUGUCUAGAACCAAAGCUGUCAUACGUAGGUUGAGACUUGAGUAUUCCAUUUUGCUUGAACGGUUGGAGGAAAGAGCAACUCUCAUUCCAAAUGGGAUAAACUCGUUCGAGGAAAUGGCAGCUCCUCCAAUCGCCAAUGUAUUGGAUGAUUCCACAAAUCCUUCCGUCUCGAAAUUGUCCAGGAACGGGGUGGCAAAAAAGAACUCAAAGAAAACAAAAAGCAACCUUUCCAGCUCAGCCGGAAGCAGUUCAGGAGUUAAAGCACAAAAGGUUCGUGAUCCCGACUUACCGAAAAGACCUACCAACGCAUACUUGAUUUUCUGUGAAUUGGAAAAGGAUAGGAUCAAGCAAGAAAAUGAAAUAAGAAACCCAGGGGUUGCUAAUGAUCUAUCAAAAAGCAUGACAGAGGCUUGGAAGAAUCUUGACGAGGAGGAGCGUAAGCCAUAUUACAAAUUGUAUGAGGAUGAUAGGACUAGAUAUCAAACGGAGAUGCUUGCUUACAACCAAAAGAAACAGAUUAAUGGAGAUGACUUAGACGAGAAGCGCUUGUUCAAAAAACAAAAAGUUGAU